CGGCAGAAGCACAGAUAAGCUUUAGGAACCAUCAACACCUCUUGGAGGAAGAGAAGCUGCGGUUUCUCUCAAGGGUUCAUUCUGAUUGUAAGUGGUUCAUCUGGAGCAGAAUAAAAUGAAAGGCUUUGCCUGUGUCGCUGCCCUGCUGCUUUUGAUGCUGGUACAAAAUAGUUGCCAAAAGCCGAUGCACGGCACAGAAGAAAUAUCAAGCAGUACAUUGCAGACAUCAGAAAAACAACUGGAUACGUCCAAUUCACUGCAGGAUGUGAAACGCCAUUCUGAAGGCACUUUUACCAGUGAUUACAGUAAAUAUAUGGACAACAGACGAGCAAAAGAUUUUGUACAAUGGCUGAUGAAGGCAAAACGAAAUGGUGACAAAAGAAAGAGACAUGCGGAAGGAACUUACACAAGUGAUGUAGAUUCACUUUCCGACUACUUCAAAGCAAAGCGCUUUGUAGAUUCACUUGCAGGUUAUGGAAAGCACCAAAAUGGGGGCAUUUCCAAGAGAAGCAUUGAAUCUACCUUCUCAGAAGAAAGUUACAAGAAUGACUUGGAUUCUUUCCUGGAGGUGAAGGCUGCAAAGGACUUUAUUGACUGGCUAAUGAAGGGACGUGGCAGAAGGGAAUAUCCAGAAGAUGGUAAAGAAAAUUUGAAUGGAGUGAUUUCUGAGGACUUGGACAGAAGGCAUGCUGAUGGAACCUUCACUAGUGAAAUUAGUGUUGUCUUGGAUACCAUGGCUGCCAAGGAGUUUUUGAACUGGCUUUUAAAGUCCAAUCCCAUCCAGUCAAGGGACUCCGAAAUCGAAUUUUUCAGCGAGUUCAAGUAAAGAAGAGACUGAUUUUGGUUUAGCAUGUUUGUGUUGUAACAUUGGCCAUGCCUCGAUAAAAUAUUUACAGCUUUUUGUUGUGCGAGUGACACAAUGUUAUAUGAAGCCAUAUUACUUUGCAUGCAAAAGAAUUGACUUAAAGUGUAAUGUGUGUUGAAGUAGGAACUUAGGUAAAUAAACAUUAUUAAAAGGAUAGUUAAAAGGAAAAGCAUUACAACUAUAAGAUUCACCACAGCAAUUCUGUAUCGUACAGUACACCAAACUACCUGUUCAGAUCUAUUUUAGGAAAUUAUUUUUCUAACAAGUAAUUUGUAUAUAUUUGAACAAAUAAUUGUAAUCAAUAUCUAUUUAAAUCUUUUGGUUUAAUUUAAGCUCCAUUUUUUUAAAAAUGGAGUCUAAUAUCCCAGUAUGAGAUUAGUAUGUUUUCAGCAGAUAACUAACGCAAAGCUUUUAAGGUAAAAACAGUAAGCAUGAAUAAAACUUUACAUGAUAUUAAAUUCACAGAAUCUUCAUUAUGUUCAGGAUGCAAAAGUAUGAAUUUUCAACUCUAUAUUUUUAAUCAAAGGGCACAGUGCAGAACAACACAUUAGUUUCUUUAAUCCUAACAAUAUUCAUGAUAGCUUAGUGGUUAGCACUAUACUUUACAGUAUGGAUAACCUGGGUUCAAUUCCCGCUGCUGCCUGUAAGGAGUUUGUAUGUUCUCCUCGUGACCUUGUGGGUUUCCUCUGGGUGCUCCAGUUUCCUCAAUAAUCUAAAGACAUACUGGUUGGACGGUUAAUUGAUCACUAUAUAUUCCCCCAUCAUUAGGCUCAGAUUAAAUCGAGGGAAUUGCUGAGCAUGUAACUGAGAGAGAGAGAAAGAGAGAGAGAGCAACAUAAUUGCAAAGGUUUUAGAUAUAUACAUUUAGGGGGAACCAGAAGAUUUUAGGAAAAGAUGAAAGCUUUCGAUUUAGAACAGAAAAAAAAACAGGGAAAAAAGAUCAAACACAAUGUCAAAAGGCCUCUUGCUAUUCUUCACUUCAAUUGAACAAAAACAGAAAAGGAAGUAAUUCUAAAAGGAAAAAAAUAAAGCUAUGAAAUGAGAGGCCCUUUGAACCUAUGUCCCAUCGUGAGAGGUGGAAAUGUGUAAGGCCGGCCAACAGGGCUCUGAUAAAGCUGUGCAGGCCAAUCCCCUGUACAGUGAAUACAAUGGCUUGCAGAAACUGAUGAACUCCAACGAUACCACUGACUUUGGACAAUGGAGACGGGAGGUCAUUGAUGGCCUAUGCUCAACUGGGAGCUAACUGCCCAAGAAGAAGAAGGAUCUUUGAAUUACACUUUAAAUAUAAUGAUAUUUGAUAUCCAUGCAAAUGCAUAAAUAUUCAGCCUUAUGUCGAUCAAGAUCCUUCUAAUAGUUGCACAAUGCCUUUGGCUGGCUAAGAGGUAACCCUGUACAAACAUCAAAUUGUACCCCUGAAUCUUUGAUGACACAGGAUCCCCUCAACCCACCGGGAUAAUUCUUUACAUUAUGCAGACCCAAGAGAUUCAGUAAAUGCUGGAAACACAAAGUAUGUUGGAGGAACUCAGCAAAUUGGGCAGUAUCUACGGAAGGGAACAAGCAAUCAAUACUUUGGCUGAGAUCCUUCAUCUGGAGAUCCUACUAUAUGUAUUCAGGCUCUAAGGGUAGGGUUUGAACUCAGCAAUAAUUCUAGCGUGGAUGAGCCAAGCUAAAGUAGUUGGGCUAGACAAUUUUGGUCCUGUACCACAGCCUGGAAUUGGCAUUUGCAGUCCUCCCAAGAGCAGAAUUACCUAGUCAGAAUGUGGAGAGCUUGAUAUGUUGACCCUCUCCCUCUGUCGACCCAGUAGCAUAACCUGAACUGCAAUUGAGGCUCAGUGGGACAGUAAGAUGGUCCCAUCCCCCAAAAUAAUCCUGGUAAUCUCUGACGGUCUCAAAUAAGGGGUGGGCUUUUGGUGAUUGAUUGUAGAUGUCAUAACUUAAGUGCCAGGCCAGAUUGAAAUGGUCAUGGUAUUGGGGUCGGAGGAGAGAGAUGAUCCAGUUCAGUGUGCUGCAAUAUGCCUGGAUUUGUGAAUUUCUAUCAGAUUCUUGAUUGGUCAGGGCAUGAAGGGAUACGAGGAGAAGGCAGGAGACUGUGCUAAAAUCCAUGAUGAAAUGGCAGAGCAGACUCAAAUGGGCCAAAUGGCCUAAUUCUGCUCCUAUAUCGAAUGCUGUUAUGGUCUUAAGGUUGAAAUAUGAAUCUCAAGGUUGUAUAAAGUAUACAUACUUUGAUAAUAAAUGUACAUUGAACUUUGGACUUACAAUUGGCUUUAAUAAUUUUGUAUUGAAUUCAGAGAAAUUUAAAAACAAAUCAAACAAUAAUGAAAAAAAUUAAAAUGCUUGACCCCGGUGCAACUGCAAUACAGAUUUGGGAAAAGAAUACCAAAUGUAGAGACUAAAUGAUGAGAACAAGGCACAUAAAUAUAGCCUGUGCCUUUUUUUGAGAGUGAAAGACUGAGAGAUAAUUUGAUAGAUGAAACUGAAAUGCAAAGGAAGUUGAAAAGCUGAAAACCUAACCCAACAUAUCGAUGUAGCUAUAAAGAAGGCACAAAAGCAACUAUAUUUCUUUAGGAGCUUGAGGAGAUUUGGUAUGUCACCAAAAACUCUUACAAAUUUCUGCAGAUCUACCAUGGAGAGCGUUCCGGCUGGCUGCAUCACUGUCUGGUAUUGGCUGGGGUGGAGGUGGUUGCCACUGCACAGGAUCAAAGCAAGUUACAGAGAGUUGUAAACUUAGUCAGCUCCAUCAUGGGCACUAGCCUCCGUAGUAUCCAGGACACCUUCAAGGAGUGAUGCCUCAGAAAGGCAGUGUCUAUCAGUCAGUACGCCAUCACCCAGGACAUGCCCUUUUCUCAUUGAUACCAUGAGGAAGGAGGUACAGGAGCCUGAAGGGACACACUCAAUGACUCAGGAACAGAUUCUUCCCCUUUGCCAUUCAAUUUCUGGAUAUUGAACCCAUGAACCCUACUUUGCUAAUUUUGUUAUUUCUAUUUUUUGCACUACUUAUUCAAUUCAACUAUUUAAAACAUAUAUACUUACUGUAAUUCAGCUUGUUUACUCUACUAUCAUGUAUUGUAUUGUACUGCUGGCACAAGGUUAAUAAA